AUGACCGAGAGAAGUAAUACAGAGUCAGAUUUGAGUGUAGAAGACAAAAAGAAGCCCUCUAGCCAAGAAUUAAAAAAUGAUAUGACAGAAGAGCUAGUACAAGAGUUAGAAAAGAUGUUAAUUGUUACACCUGUGUUAAUAAGCACUGAAGUUGUAGAAAAUACACAAAGGCUUAGUAAAAAGAGACAUCCUCUAGAUGAAAGAGAAAACUCUAGAAAGCAUACCUUUGGCUCAAAUGAACUCGAUAAGGAAAAAAUAAAUGAAGUAGUUAAAGAUCGUAAAUGGAAGCUCAAAAUUGAAACUCAUAAUGAAGGGUCAUUAAACAAUGCAAGAGAGACUACAAAAAAUGUGAGGAGCUCUAGUAAUCAAGCAGUCAUCGAAAAACUUG